ACUAUCUCGAUCAGCUCAUCUCAAAUCACAAAAAGUUCGCCGGAAAGCUGUAAUGGUUUGAUUUUGAGUAGUGAAUUGGUGUAUAAACUCAACAGACCUGAAUUCCACCAAUUGCAACAAUUAGAUAAUGAGUUGUCUUGGGAAGAUGCUAGGCCUCAUGAUCCUGCUACUGUGUCAUACACCGAUUUACAGUGCUUUGCCAACAGACGACGAGGAUGACCCUCCAUAUCAUGAUUGCUCAAACAAUGCUGAGUUUUCCUACAUCCCGGGCAGCAUAUUUGAAGAACAUCUAAAUCACAUCCUUUCCACACAAAUCCUUACUAAUACCGCCUUACCAACCUACUCUAAGUUCACCAAUGGAACAGGUAUUGAUCAAGUUUAUGCUCUGUAUUUCUGCAGAGGCGAUGUUGAUGUCAAUACAUGCCGUCAAUGCAUCAAGUAUGCAGUGCAGGAAAUAGUACAGAAAUGCAAACUUAAGAAACAAGGGAUUGUUUGGUACGAGUUUUGCACCUUGCGUUAUGCUAACUACGCAUUCUUCUCCCUAGAUGAGGAAAGUCCUUUCAAACUGCACCGUAACAGCACCAGUUUGGUAAGCGACCCCAUUCUUAAACCACACAAUGAGCUCAUUGAUAAAACUAUGAAUAAUCUCUUUAUUAAGGCUGCGUAUAAUAAACUCCCUCUUGGUUUUGCCACAAGUAAAACCAACCUAUCCUCGAAUCAAAAACUUCAAGGCUUUGCACAAUGCAGUCCUUAUAUCAGUAGUAACCUUUGUGAGAAAUGCCUAAGCCAUGCUUACAGUCAGAUGCAUCAAUCAUCCAUUACUACAGUAUUUUUGCCGAGCUGCAAUAUCGGAUUCGAUUUAGUUGGAUCUCCUCCGUCCCCUGGCCCAUCUGCAUCCCAUAAGCCAGAUUCCUUAUCAGAGAGGUCUAAAGUCCUCCUCCAGGUACUUUUACCUAUCAUCAUAUUCUUCUCAAUUGUGGGUGCCUUUUGGUUUUGGAGGUGGCGGUGUCGUCCAUCAGGUGCAGGUGAGACUAACAAUACAACAGAAGCUAUGGAAGAGGGACCUCAAAUCGAAGAAUCUAGGCUGCAAUUGGCACGGUUUACCUAUUCUCAAGUAAAGGACAUGACCAAUGAAUUCAACAGAAAACUAGGUGAAGGUGGCUAUGGUAUUGUUUAUUAUGGUUGCUUGAGUGACAACAACAACAAGGAAGUCGCGGUCAAGGUGCUCUCGAAGAAUGAUGCCCCUAAGCAAUUUAGCAAUGAGGUAAAUGUGCUAGGAAGAAUAUAUCACAAAAACUUGGUUACUCUGAUUGGAUACUGCGAAGAAGGAACGAGCAACUUGGCACUUAUUUAUGAGUACAUGUCUGGAGGGGACUUGAAAGCUCUUCUUUCAGAAAAUGCAGGUGUAGUCGUAAGCUGGAAAAGGAGACUUGCAAUUGCCUUCGACACAGCUCAAGGAUUGGAUUAUCUGCACACUGGUUGCAGCCCACCUAUUGUCCACAGAGAUGUAAAACCGGCAAAUAUACUACUAAAUCAACAUUUUCUCCAGGCAAAAGUAGCUGAUUUUGGCUUCUCGAAAAUAUUCCCAGCUGAAUACGUCUCAAAAUUAGAGACUAGGGUCAUUGGAACCACUGGUUAUCUUGAUCCUCAGUACCAUUUAACAGGGCAGGUGAACGAAAAAAGCGAUGUUUACAGCUUCGGAAUUGUUCUGUUCGAGCUCAUAACAGGGAAGUCAGCAAUCAUAAAAUACACAAACACUCAUUUGGUUCAAUGGGUAACACCUCUUUACGAAAGAGGUGAUAUAGGCAGCAUAUUGGACCCAAGAAUACGAGUUGAGGUAGGCGAAAACUACAACACCAUUUGGAGAGCAACAGAGCUAGCUAAGCAAUGUGUUGAGUUAGAUGCAGCACAUAGACCAACAAUGAGCAACAUUGUUAUCGAAUUAAGAGAGUGUUUGGCUAUGGAGAAUGUGGAUGUCGAGUGUGCGAGCUCCGUUACUACCUCGAUGGAGAUGAUGACUGCCCCAGUUACAAUUACUUCAAUUGGUCCACAACCCCGGCAGUAUUGUAUGAAACAAUAAUGAAAGACAAAAAACGUUAACCAGUAUUACGGAAAAAUAAAACAUUGGUUAUAGCUAAUAUUGGAGUUCAUGCUCAUAGCAUGAAUGCUGACAGCAACAAACACAAAACAGAUCAUAGUACUACUGCUGACAACAAGCACAAGAGCCAGCUUCUAACUGCCUUGCUCUCACAACUGUUUACUCUAGCUGAUCUUAAUGCAAGGACUGGUGACAUGUCACUUGUGUACACAGAUUGAUGACAUGUACACAGGUUGUUAGAGAAGUUGUUAGAGUCUAUUCCUAGUUAGUUGUAGUUGUAACUAACUAACUGAUCUAGCUGAUCAGUUACUUGUAAUAGACUAAGCUUGCUAGCAUGACUAUAAAUACUUGUACAUAGUCAUGCUCAAUAAUUAAUGUAUUCACUUCUUCAAGAACUAAAUAAAA